AUGGGCUCUAUCGGAUCCUCCCACCAUGACCCGCAGCUCGCAGCCUCAGCAUCCAGCAACGAGGCGGCGGACAUGAUCACGCUGGACUGCUCCAAGCUCCACGGGUCCGCCGCCGAACGAGGCGAAGCGCUCCGCCAGCUCGACCACGCCCUGCAAACCUACGGCUUCAUCUACCUGGCCAACCACGGCAUGCCGGCGGAGGUCUACGACCACGCCCUGGAAUGGAUAACAAGACCCAACCCAAAAAAACUGACCAACCGCCUCCACUCCAAGCGCUUCUUCGCCCUCGACGCCGCCACCAAGAACCUGAUCCCGCGGCCCGCCAGCGACGCCCUUGAGGACCAUCUCGGCUACGCCGAGUAUGGCGUCGGCCACAUCAGCCAGCUGGUCUUCGACGAGGCGGCCGUGGAAGCCCACCGCCGCGCGUCGCCGGAUCACAAGGAGACCCUGGAGGUGGGCAACCCGGCCGACCCGAAGAACCGGUGGCUGCCGGAGUCGGUCUUGCCGGGGUUCCGCGCCUUCUACGCGCGCUUCUGGGCCGCGUGCAACGAGGUCGAGGCCGCGCUGCGCCGCGCGCUCUGCGACAUCCUCGCCAUCGAGCCCGACAGGCUGUGCCGCAUGCAGAGCCAGCGGUUCGGGCAUAUCAGCUUCCUCCACUAUCCGCAGAUGGUGCUGCAGUCGGCCGCGGCCACCACGGCGGCGGGGCAAGCCCCGCGUCGAUUGAACGCGCACACCGACUACGGCGGCCUGACCCUCGUCUUCCAGGACCACGUGGGCGGGCUGGAGGUGCACGACGGCGCCGUCUUCCGGCCGGUGGCGCCCAAGCCCGGCACGAUCGUCGUCAAUGUCGGCGAUAUGCUGGAGCGGCAGUCGAAUGGGCGGUGGAAGAGCGCCUUGCAUCAGGUCGUGGGGCCGCGCGAGGAGACGCUGGGGCUCGGGGAGCCGGCGGCGGCGGCGGCGGCGGCACGCUCGGAUGCGGGCAAGCUGGUCUUCGAUCGCUACUCGAUUGCCUAUACCGGGGCGGUGGACCCCGAGGUCAUGAUCGAGACCUUGCCGGGCUGUGAUGUGCCGGGGAAAUGGAGGCCCAGUAUGGCUGACUGGGACCAGGAGAAGCCGGUGACCUCCUAUGAGUGGCUGACGAAACGGGUGGCAGCCGAGUAUCACCAGGGCUGA